AUGGAUCUGGGCUGCCCGCGUCAACAAAAUAAGAUGGAGGAGAAUCCCAGAUCUCUUAACCUUGACAAAUACAGAAUUUCAUUUAAAUCAUACACUUCGGAAUAUCAGAACCAGCCCUCGGGUUCAACUUCAAUUGGAGCCAUUGCUUCAUCUACAGUUGGACUGUCAGAGAAUGAACCACAGCCAGGCAAUGAUAAAGGGAUUCUAUCCCUCAAAGGAUGA